CCACACUCGUCACAAUAGCCUCUGACUAUAAAAUAUACCACUCUUUCUUCUUCCUUUUUGCUUGCACAUUCCACAUUCCUCCAAUAUUGUAAUUGCGUCAAUACAAACACAGUCUCUCUGCUACUUCUUUAACAUUCUGCUGCUUCCUUCGCGUUCGAUGCUAUAAUAUUCUAAAUGAUGGCUUCACUCUUGGUGUCACUGCAAGUAGUGCUAGUUGUGGUAUUCACUUGCACAGUUCAUGCAGCAACAGUGACACGUGCACGCCACCACGAGCGUACCUUGAGAAUAUUCUCUUCAAGUUCAACCAACUCCUCCAACAACCACCAUUGGGUAGGACCCGUCGGCCACCGUGUAAUCACCGUUGACAUAAACGGCGGCGGGUACUUCCGGUCCGUCCAAGACGCCGUGAACGCCGUUCCCGACAACAACCGAAAGAACGUGGUUAUUCAAAUCAGUGCGGGAUGCUACAUAGAGAAGGUGGUUGUGCCCGUGACGAAGCCGUACAUAACGUUUUGGGGCGCGGGUAGGGAAGUGACGGUGAUAGAAUGGCAUGAUCGAGCGAGUGACCCUGGUCCCAGUGGACAACAAUUGCGUACUUACAGAACUGCUUCUGUUACUGUUUUUGCCAGCUAUUUUUCUGCCAGAAACAUCAGCUUCAAGAACACAGCGCCGGCACCAAUGCCGGGGAUGCAGGGAUGGCAAGCGGCGGCGUUUCGCAUAUCGGGCGACAAAGCAUACUUCUCCGGCUGCGGCUUCUACGGCGCACAAGACACGCUUUGCGACGAUGCAGGCAGGCAUUACUUCAAGGAAUGCUACAUCGAGGGAUCCAUCGAUUUCAUAUUUGGGAAUGGAAGGUCUAUGUACAAGGAUUGCGUGCUACACUCGAUAGCCACGAGGUUCGGUUCCAUAGCGGCCCAAGAUAGGAAACGAGAAUACGAGAAGACAGGAUUUGCAUUCGUACGGUGCAGGGUCACAGGUACGGGCCCACUAUACGUGGGCCGAGCAAUGGGACAGUACUCCAGAAUUGUCUACUCUUACACAUAUUUCGAUGACAUAGUUGCACAUGGCGGUUGGGAUGACUGGGACCAUGUCGACAAUAAGAACAAGACUGUUUUCUUCGGAGUCUACAAGUGUUGGGGACCAGGAGCAGAGGCUGUGCGUGGAGUUUCAUGGGCCCGAGAGUUAGAUUUUCAAUCGGCCCAUCCAUUUAUCAGGAAGAGCUUCGUCAAUGGCAGACACUGGAUCGCCCCAUCUGAUGCUUAACUCACCAACCCCUUCCAUAAAGUCUAAAAAUAUAUUUUAUUCUCUUCUCUCUUGCGCGUUGCAUUCAAAACUCUAAAACCAUUAUUUCCUUCAUUCAUUUAUUUCUUUGUCAAUAUAGGAUUUCAUUUGUUCCCCCCUUGUAGAGUGCCAGUCGUUCCAUUCAGUAUUCUUUGAUCAACUCCAAAUGUAAAAAAUAUAUAUAUAUACAUACAUUGUAAUAAUGGUUCAAUCUUUUGUUUAUAAA